CAUAAUGUUGCGCGGAGCGUGUGACGUGAGCAACUUCUUGUAGCUUCUGAUCGCGCAAAAUUAGUUUUGAACAGCAUGCAAACAGUCUUUUAUGUGCUGGCAAAGUGGAUAGUGGUGUUUAAUCGGUCCGUAUCAAUGAUGCUUGGAUGAAGUAACUUGGUUCUAUUUGAUAGCGAUUUGCUUGCAAAGCACAUUCCUAUUUUAUGUUUUGAAAGAACGCUCUUAAAUAGCAACAGAAUUAAAGAUUGUGUCGUGUUAUGAAUGAAGUCUACGACGAUUCAGAAAUAAAUAGAGUUGUCCCACGGCAAAGUGUUAAUUUCUGCGAUUUUAUCAAAAAUAUAUGUGCUUAGCAUUCAGAGUCUAUGGGUGAUUUCGUAAUGAGUUGAUUAAGUAAAAUGAGUUGAUAAAAUAGAUAAGAUUUAUUUUUUGGAUAAAAUUCAUAGCUCAAAAGUCAAAUUAAGACCAAAACAAACAGUAAAACAGUGUGUGAGCUAUUUGGUGUGAGUUUAAUCGAAAUGACAGCUGAUUCCCAAAUGUGAUGUGAAUAUUAAAAAUAAACGCAAAGAGAGAAAGCCCUAUAUAUCAAAGCGAAACUAUACAUAUAUGCGAACGAAAACAUGAACGGCCUUCUGUUUUCGCCAGAAAAAAAAAAUUUGAGCAUAUUGAAUCGCUGUUGAUACAGUUAAUCUAAAUUGCCGUUUGCUUGUGUUUCUUCGUAUUCAAAAAAAAUGAUGAUAAAAUGAACUUGUUGAAUGAUUUCGAGUUGAAAAGUCGAGAGAUGGAUGCGAUUAUGUGAAUAUUUGAACGUCAUGAUGAAGUCUCUUCUCCAAUAUGAAACACACAGAGACUUGUAUCAACAGAACAAUAUUUAGUGAAACAAAUUCGCUAUAAUUAUUCAUCAUCGCAACCAAUUUAAUCAUUCAUCGUUGCUAUGUUCGCUUGCAAAAACAAAAAAAUGACACCAUUGAAUUGAGUCUCUAGUCAUUAUUUCUAGCCUGUCAAUAUGGAUGGGUGUGUUUCUCCGACACUUCAAGUGAUGAGCAUAAGUUUAAUCAUUCUAAUUGGUCUCACAUCGGUCGAUUGUUCGAAAUUGCCAUGCUAUUUCUUCGAUUCAAUCAAUAUCACCGAUGGAAUUCACCAGCCAAACGGGAGCAUCCUAUUUGAUGGCAUUGACUUUCAAUAUGAUCAAUACGCUGUACUGAGUUAUAUCAUUGACAAUGGCGAGAAAAAGGCGUCGAAGCCGCAUUUUCGUGGAUGUCUUUGUAAUAUUAAGCCAUGUUUUCGACUCUGCUGCUCGGAUAAACUCAUCAAAGAUACUACCAUCAAUUUGGAUAAUAAUUGUAAUGAAGAAUUAACGCAAAUGGAAGGCGAAGUGAUGGACGAAAAGCACAAAUUUAUCAACCUAUUUUUGGCCGAACAACCAAUUAAUGUGAAAAAUAAAACAUGCAAACAAUUUUAUAUCGAAGAAGAGAUAAGAUUUAAAAUCAAAAAUGCAGGAAAAGUACUACGCCAGAAUAAAACAACAACCAUUCGUGGAUACUGUCAAACACGUGUGAACGAUGAUACUGACGAAAAUGACCUGGACGUUUCCAUUUGCAUCAAUUGGGUCGAGAUUAUUCAGCCAAACAGUGAUGCAGAGACCAAAGUUUUUCUCGAUUAUCUGGAACAUAUUUCCAUGAUUUUAUCGGUGCCAUUUUUAAUUGCGACAUUCUUAGUCUACAUUUAUUUACCAGAUUUGCAUAGAAAUUUGCACGGAAAGUGUUUCCUUUGCUACUUGAUUUUGCAGGCACUUUGCUUCAUUUUCGAAAUAUUGAGCUAUCACAAAACCAUAGAUUUGAUGUGGGAACCAGUCAUUAUUUACUUAUUCCUCAGCGCUUUUCAGUGGUUGAACGUUACUGCAUUCGAUGCAUGGUGCACGUUUCGACAAAUGUUGACUUAUUUCCAUAUUUGCAGAAAUGUCAACAAAACCAACAAAUCUGCAGAAACCAAGCGAUUCAUUUUGUACAUGCUUUAUGCGAGUCUGUCACCAUUUUUGCUGAAUAUUUUUCAAUUAUUUUCGGAUAUUUUGAAAUCUGUGAAUGUUGAUCCAGACAAAGUUGACGAAUUAGAAGUGGCCGGAUUCAUUUGUACAACAUUCACUCUCAACAUAAUAUUUUUCAUUUUGACGGCACUGAAAAUUUGCCAAGUCAAGAAGGAAAUGUAUAAAUUAACGUCACAAGAAGAUAGCUCUCGACAUCAGACCAAAUUUAAUACGGCCAAAGGAAAUUUUCGGAUGUAUUUACGAUUAUUUAUAGUGAUGGGAAUGACGUAUAGCAUAUCGGGAAUUUCAUAUUUGAUAAACACCAAAUUCUCCGAAUGGACUGAAAUAAUCCUGUCGCUGCAGGGAGUUUGGAUAUUUAUACUAUUCAUAUUGAAGCCCCGAGUAUUUGGUUUAAUCAAAAAAAGAUGGGAAGGUACAAACGGAAGCUCUCCGAAACAGAGCUCCAAAGCUGACUCAGGGAAUGAAUCGAAUUCCAGAUUGAAAUGACAAACAUUUGUGUGAUGGAAAUUGAUGAUAGGAUUUCCAUUGUGAUUGACAUUAUUUAUUAAUUGUUUAUCCAUAUAAAGUAUUCAUCAGACAUUAAAUUAUAUAUUUUAUACUUAGUAUUUGCACAUUGAAAUGUUCAACUAUUUAUGACAGUUGAAUUCAUAUACUGUAUUUAUGCAUCACCCUUAUCGACUAUUCCAUUAUAUCGACGCAUUGUGCCAAUAGCAGAGUUCCGAAUCCCAAGUUCCAACAUAUUCCAUAAUAAAGAAUUAAUAGACAAACUGUUUACGGUAUCAUUAUUUUUAUUCCCUUUUAAACUAGACCAGAUCACUCAAUCGAUAGUUUAUGGCCUAAUUAAAAUUGUGGGCGAUGGAAAUUGUGCAUAUUACAGCGAAAAGUUGGGCAAAUUAGCUCAUUUUGAAAGAAGCAAUUUUAUACGAGACUCAAUUGAAAUGAAAUUCGAGCAAUUGGAACUUCUUCAUCUUUCGAAAAUCGAUUUGUACUAACCCGAACCAAGUCAGCAGACUUACCUUUUUGUAAUUUUCGAUGUUAACUCAUAACAUCUGCAGUAUGAAUAGCCAAAUUUAGCUCAAGCAAAAGCAAAGUGUUUCGAAGUAAUGACUUUUUAAACCAACAUACACAGAGAUUUAUGUGAACUAUUCCGUUUAUUUAUAAUUAAAAAGAAAUGUUAGAAUAAUGAAUGUA